UUCAUUCCAGUGACCGAUGCGCAAAGUUCUAUGAACCCUCAAGGAAACCACAUUGAUAAAUGAAUGGAAUGGCUUUCUUUUUUAUUUCGUUGACAAUGAGUCUAUUUUAAAAUAUUAAACAACUAUUUAAAGUCUUAAAAACAGGAGCUUUCCUUCGUGGAUUUUUUCCCCCCUCUGACAUGGAAAUGUUUAUGCUUACAUCGUCUUAAUGUUUGGUAAUUGAAGAACUAGUUUUGGCUUGGCUGGUGCGCGUGUUUGGAGAUGGUGAGCCUUUUCAUGCAUCGCGAGUCUUUCAGAGCUUUUCGACCAAACAUAACCCCACGGAACUACCAUGUUUGAAUCCGUUUUACAUUUCUAUAUUUUGCAAAUUCAUUUCCUUAGCUUUUACUGCCUGAAAAAUGUGUGUUGUGUUGACGCGCUAGUGUCCGCGCGCAUCUCCAAGCGCCUCAAUUUUGGACGGGAAUGAGAUCGCCACACGAGACUUUAGUGUAGUUUGGGUGACUUGCCGUGUCUAAAAGCUGUUUGGCUUAUGCUGUGAUCUGCCAAAGGAAGUAACUGGAGGAUGCCAUACUCUGCUAUAAAGACACAUUUCACUUUCAAACGUUUUCUAAAAGAAAGUUAGUUCUUGGAAGGGUUACGCUAGGAUACAAGUCUGCGUCAAAGACUACUUUUUACUUCUCUGUCUAGCCUGGAACUUAAAUAUGACAUCUCCGAAUGUCGUAGUUCAAAGGACCAGUAGCUCAUCAACUACUUUGGGAGUAGGGGAGAAUAGCAGUUCAUGCAAUCCCAAUUCUUGUUAUUCCCCUGAAGCCACAGCCGCAUUUGCCACCGCAAUGACGCUCAUCAUGCUCUUCACCAUCUUUGGGAACAUCCUAGUGAUCAUCGCUGUCCUGACGUGCCGCUCUUUGCGAGGACCUCAGAACCUUUUCCUGGUGUCCCUGGCCGCGGCAGACAUCCUGGUGGCCACCUUGAUCAUCCCGUUCUCCCUGGCCAAUGAGCUAAUGGGCUUCUGGUACUUUGAAUCGUUUUGGUGCGAGAUCAUCUUGGCGCUGGAUGUGCUCUUCUGCACGUCUUCCAUCAUGCACCUGUGCGCCAUCAGCCUGGACCGCUACCUGUCCAUCUCCCGGCCGGUGCAGUACGCCACCCAGCGCACCCCUCGCAAGAUCAAGGGCGCCAUCGUGGUGGUGUGGCUCAACUCAGCCGUCAUCUCUUUCCCCCCACUGGUCUCCAUGAAUAAGACCCCGGAGCAGAAGGAUGGGGGCGGCCCACAGUGCAAACUCAACGAUGAUUUAUGGUACAUCCUGUACUCCUCCAUCGGGUCAUUCUUUGCCCCAUGCCUCAUUAUGAUCUUGGUGUACAUUCGUAUCUAUCAGAUUGCCAAGAAGCACACUCGAUGUCCUCCAGGAGAGCCAAGAAAAGACGUCCCGCCGGGAGUGGCGGUGCAGAGCGGCAAAGACCAGGGAGGUGUUGACCCUGCGAAUGUUCCCAAUCUGGCUGCUUCCAGAUCUGAAGCUGUAAACCAACCUCAGCCUCCAGUAGAAAUUCGAAAGCAGAUGAAACGCUCAAAGAGGUGCAAGGACAACGAGGACAGCUCAACCUCUGGCUCGGACGUUGAGGUAGUGAGGGGACAUAAUGCCAACGGGACGACCUCCAAUGUGGGGGCACUGGAGCCCGGCCACCAGACUACCUCACCAACCCAAACUUACCAGAACGUCAUCGCUACGUCUAAGGGCAGCCAGCUGGCCUCUUCCAACGUGAAGCCAGCGGGAACUCCGAACACCAAGAGGAAAGCCAUGAUCGUCCGCGAGAAGCGUUUCACCUUCGUCCUUGCGGUCGUCAUUGGGGUUUUUGUCGUCUGCUGGUUCCCCUUCUUCUUCACCUACAUCUUGCAGGCCAUUUGUCCGGCUUGUAAACUGCCGGAGGCACUUUUUAAGUUCUUUUUCUGGAUGGGCUAUUGCAACAGCGCCCUGAACCCGCUCAUCUACACCAUCUUUAACAGGGACUUCCGUAAAGCCUUCAAAAAGAUUCUGUUUAAAAAGUGUAAGGGCUGUUGUUUCUGAAAGCGAACACCUCUGAUAGACAGUUUUAUACAGUAAAGUGGUGAAAAGACAAACUGUUCGGGUCAUAUUUCACCCCAACUGUUUCUAGCA